CGACACUUCAACUUCGACAACCGCUCCAUUACCUACAUCUUCAUCAGAGAGGAAUGAAAAUUGCCCUGCACCUCUGUUAUGGCUUCCCCAGUGCUACAUUGGUCCAGCCAGUUAUCCGUACUGCCCUCUUCGGAGAUAUCAUCUUCUCUUGUCGGUGAUAAAAUACUUCUACCGCAAUCAGCGCUUGAGCAACUCCUUGCCGCCGUUUCAUCAACGCAGUCGGGGUCGCAGCCAACACCAGCUUUGACAGACACUCACCCGCCGCAGGUAGAUAUUUCAUGGGCUUCUGCAGCUCGCCAUGAGCGCCCGCAACCACAGCUCCCGCACCCUCUCAUGUUCAGACUAUUCAACCCAAGAAAUAACCGAUUCUCACACGCAGCCCCUUUAGAGUUCUCCGCAGAGGAAGGGAAGAUUGGUAUAUCACCGUUAUUACGGGAUGCACUGGGUAUCGAUGAGGAUGUAGAGAUGAAAGGUGCGGGGGAGGGGGAACUGGUGGAGGAUGAGGAAAAGAGAAUUACAGUCGUGUGGAAAGAUUUACCGAGAGGCACUUAUGUGCGAUUAAGACCUUUGGAAGCGGGGUAUGAUGAGGAGGAUUGGAAAGCUUUGCUAGAGAGAUACUUGAGGGUCAACUUUACUACAUUAACGGUUGGCGAGAUUUUGGCGAUUGGGGGGAGAACACUGGCGAUUGGCGGGAAGGAAAAGGCAGAAUUUCGGUUUUUGAUUGACGCCAUGAAACCGGAGGAGGCGGUGUGUAUUGUCGAUACUGAUCUAGAAGUUGACAUUGAACCAUUAUCCGAAGAGCAAGCUAGAGAAACCUUGAAGCAACGGCUAGCACGGAAGUCCGUCGGUAGCAGCGGUGGCGCUCUCAAGAUCGGCCAGCCAGCCAAAGGUGGAGUUCUGCCGGGUGAAUAUCACUUCUACGAGCUAUCGGAAUGGGACCGAAAGGAGCCGCUCGUAAUAGAACUCGACGAAGUAGACGACGGUGACGAAGUGGAUAUAUUUGUUACAACAUCCAAACACCAUCACAAGCCUCGACAAGACGAGCAUGCAUGGGGAGAUUCCGGAAGUAAAUAUCCAAAAACAAUACAAAUCAAUCCGACAAACAUCGAGCUUGUUGACGUGGAAAGGAUAUUCAUUGGCGUCCACGGAUAUGCGCCACUAGACAUAGAGGAGGGCGGUGAACAACAGGCUGAGGAGGAUAACUCUCCCCGCCCAUAUUCCCUUCGAAUCACCCAAACCGAAAUCCAAGACACGGAAGCCCCCACCAUCACUACUCCACCAAGCCCCGACUACAAACAAUGCAGAAACUGCACCCAGUGGGUCCCAACUCGCACGUUCAUUCUUCACGAAAACUUCUGCCUGCGGAAUAACCUUGUGUGCCCCCAUUGCCACCAAGUCUCCAAACGCGGUGCUCCAAACACCCACUGGCACUGCCAACAAUGCACGGCCCACGGCAACAACACCCCCUACUCCCUGCGAAAGCACGUAUCCAUCUACCACACCCCGCGCCCUUGUCCCGCAUGUGCCUCCUCUUCCUCCCCCUACACAGCCGUAAACCUCCCAGACCUCGCCAUCCACCGCACAACAACCUGUCCCGAAAAACUAGUCCUCUGCCGCUUCUGCCACCUCCUCCUCCCCCAGGAAUCCUCAAGCAACCAUGCCGAGCUUCUCCUCCUAGGCCUGACCCACCACGAACUAACCUGCGGCGGCCGCACAACAAACUGUCAUCUCUGCAACCGAAUCGUAAGAAUGCGAGAUUUAGACGCACACGUUCGCAACCACGACCUUAAAAGGCUAUCCACGCCCCCGCCAAUCACCUGCCGGAACGUGAACUGCGCUCGUACGACUAAGGGCCUCCGCCACCCCAACCCACUCGGCCUCUGCGGGAGUUGCUUUGGACCCUUGUAUGCUCCCGGAUACGAUCCCGGCGACACAGCGCUGGGCCGGAGACUUGAAAGGAGAUUGAUCAGGCAGGCGAUUACUGGCUGUGACAGGGUUUGGUGUCGGAAUGAGAUGUGUAAGACUGGAAGAGCGAAUCUCGGAAUCGCUGACGAUCCUGCGCAGGGUGUUGGGGUGGCGGGCGUGAUGCCGCUUAUCAAGAAGGUUGUGCAAGACUUGAAGGACGGUGGUGGGGAGUUGGGAUUGUGCGUCGAUGAGGGUACGCAGAAGCGUAGGCACCUCGCCGAGAGGAUUGCCGUGGAGAGUGUGCUAGAGAAGGAUGGUGGGUGGGAUGUCUGUUGGGUUGUUGCUGCCGUAGAAGAGGUCAGUGGGGCCGGGGAGGAGGAGGGCGCUAUUAGGGCUUGGUUGGAUAGGAAUGCGGUUAGGAGGGGAGAGCGGUGAUUCGUUUUUGCCCAGUCUUGAGGAUGUCCGGUGCGGAUCUGUUUUUUUUACCGCUGACAGACCUUACACGCUUGUGUUGUAUCUAGAUAUAGACGAGUAUAGUAUUGGUACCUUUGAUAAUG